AUGAAGCAGCAUACGUUCGGUAGUGCUAUCCUCACGAAGGCAUUGUUUCUUCUUCUCAUCAUACACAUGAACGGGGUCACUGGCCAGACAUGCCCCGAACCUUGCGAAUGCUUCGAGUUUAGGCUGUUCUGUCGGCCGUCACUUCCUGAUGGAAGAAUGCCGGACUGGAUACCUGAAACUACCGAUGGACUGUCUUUGAUUUCAGAUGACUUAAGGAACAUCUCCGCUGCAGAUUUGGGAGGUCUCCCGAAUUUAGAGUUCCUGCAAGUGAUCUCGCGUAAUAUUGAAUACAUCGAACCUGGUGCCUUUUCACCCCUUACAAAUCUCAAUACCCUAGCAAUCUAUCUUGCCAAAGCUUUAACAGUGAUCGAUGAAAGCCUAGUCCGAGGACUUCCUCAGCUAGAGUCCUUAAGUGUCGAAGGUACAUCCGUUGAUCGUGUUACUGAGGGCGCCCUAGGAAUCCUGCCCAAACUGCGUCGACUAAACCUCAUUGCCGAUAAUUUCAGGUCCCUGCCCGACAACUUCCUUUCGGGAUCUAAUAUCACUCACUUGUACAUGAACUCUAAUUUUCUGUCAAAUAUAUCUAGUAAUGCGUUUGGUAGUCUUUCUAGUUUGGUAGAAUUGAGUUUAGCAGAUAACAGCUUGAACGUAAUUUCGGGAGAUAUAUUUCAGAACCUUUACAACCUGGAAGUUUUGAAGUUGGGAGCCAACAACAUUGCAUUUGUGAAUGCAUCUACUUUCAAUGCGCUUAAGAGUCUCCGUAUUAUCAACCUAGAAGACAAUGCCAUUUCGUAUCUCCCUGCUGAUACCUUCCGUAAUCUUUCUGACAUAGUAGAGCUGAACCUAGCAUCAAAUUCGUUGUCUGUUCUCCCUCAUCGGCUCUUCGGAGAUCUUUUGAGUUUAUCAAUUCUAGAUCUGAGUGGGAACAGACUCAUGACCCUUUACAGGACAGUCUUUGAUUUUAACAAAGACAUUGAUGGAGUCCUUAUCAAUCUUACAGGAAACCCGCUACACUGCGACUGCCAUAUUGAAUGGUUGAAAUCGACGAUGGACUCCGCGAAUAUGAUCUGUGCCAGCCCGGCAAACGUGGUCGACAGACAGCUCUCCCUGAUCAAUGCGACUGAUUUUGAGUGCACUUCGACGGGAUUCAUCGGCAGCAGUGUCCUACUCGUCUGUCCUGGAUGGUCAAAUCCUGUUUGGCAAAUAACAUGGGUGGUACCAGAUGGUAGUAGUGUCAAUCCCGACACGGCAAGCGGACGAUUUGAGGUAACUCCUGAUGGUGAUCUGUUAAUCUCCACUGCAUCGUCAGGAGACGCCGGGGUAUACAUGUGUUACGUUGUAGAUGCCGAUCGGAAUUUUGUCGCAACUGAAACUGUUUCAUUGGAUCUGUCACUUCCGCCAGGGCUAACUACUGAUCGGGCAAACACCACUGAUGAUAGAUAUCCAAGUGCAAGUGCGGACCUCACUCGAAGGCCAACAGUGCAACCAACAGAGGGUAGGAUGACAACAUCGCAGACACAGUCGAAUUCAAAUGAUGCUGAAAUAGUUCUCGGAGAAGUAGGAUCAAUUUCGCCUAAUAUGCAGUAUCCAGAAAACUACAAUUACAUCUGGAUAACUUCGGGAGGAGUUCGACUUGAGACAAAUGAAACUGUUGAUAGGUUUACCGUGUUAGUUGAUGGUACUCUCGUAAUCAAUCCUGUUACAGAAUCCGAUGGCGGGAUAUAUAGAGUUUCUGUAAUCGAUCUAAGCAAUGUAGUUGUGGCAUCAACCGUUGUUCCUGUAACCUUAAGGGAAGUUAGGAUGACUACAAUGCAAAGACAAACAGAUUCACAUGAUUUUGAACUAGUUCCUGGAACACCAGGAUCCAUUUCGCCUAAUAUGCAAUAUCCAGAAAAUUACAAUUACAUCUGGAUAACUUCGGGAGGAGUUCGACUUGAGACAAAUGAAACUGUUGAUAGGUUUACCGUGUUAAUUGAUGGUACUCUCUUAAUCAAUCCUGUUAUCGAAUCCGAUGACGGAAUAUAUAGGAUUUCUGUAAUCAAUCUAAGUAAUGUAGUAGUUUCAUCGACAGUUGUUCGCGUUACUUUCGCAAGUGCAAGGUCAACUUCAGCACCUACCGAACCAACAGAGUCUGCAACACGGGCUAACAAUACAGAAGCUCCUCAAAGUCCUCCAUCGUUAUCUCCUACAAUGUCAAUAAUAUCCCCUCCCUCACCUCCUGUGACUGAGCAGAAGUCUUCUACUACAGAUCCUGAUGGUAUCAUUCUUGUAGAUCGAGAUGGGGCGUUUCUAAUUUCACCUAAACCUGCAGACCAAGUCGAUGUUAUUUUCCGAUGGGUAACUCCCGAUGGCCAAAUUUUAUUUUUAAACGACUCGAGUGGCCCAUACAGCGUUAACCCAGAAGGAGAUUUGCAGAUCAGACCAGUGAAUGACGUCAACGUUGGAACAUACGUCGUCUUCGUCACUGACAUGUCUGGAUUUGAGUUAGAUUUUAAAGUUUUUAGAGUCCAAAUAGCACCAGGAUCGACUACAGCAUCCGAGGCGGAUAGGACAACAACUUCUGCUGAAGGUAGAACUACGCUAAGUUCUGAUAAUGUAACUCCAGCGAGUGAGAAUAUGACAUCGCCUACUACUGUAUCCGAAGGAACUACAAUACAACAAGCUGGCUCAACAUCAAACACUGAAGAAAAUGUUAAUUCAAGCGAAAGCACCACACUCGGCUCGUUACCAUCAACAGAGGGUAAUGUUAAUGACCAAGAUUAUUUCAUUGUUUCUAUAACAUCUUUACAAAGGGUUGUGCUGUCUCCUGAAUAUCUCAAUCUGCAGAACCUUAAUGUCAUUUGGGUAACCCCUGACGCAACGCGUAUUACCAAGAACCAAACAAUAGGACUAUUCAGCGUUUCCGAUGAUGGAUUUUUGACAGUGGAAUCAGUCUUGGAUUCUUUGAUUGGAGUCUACACGGCGGUCGUAACAGACAGCAAUGGUGUCGUGUUAGAUCUGAAUGUAAUUCGCGUCGUGUUUACGUUGCCUACUACCCAACCAACAACAAUUACAUUAGGACAAUCUACAACUUUACCAUUUACGUCUUCUACAGUGCAGCGAACAACUUCUAAGACCACUGUCAUUAUGACAACCUCAACUGAAAGUACAACUACUGUAGCUACCGAAGACAGGACUACUGAGCGGGAAACCACAACAAUGACUACGACUGAAGCUAUUACUGAUAGGGAUUCGUUCACCGUCAUCUUGUAUUCCAGAGAUCAAGGCAUCUUAUCACCUAGGUACCCUCUUGACCUCCUAGUGAACAUCAUUUGGGUAACGCCAGAUGGUGAAAGGUUGACAAUAAACGAUACGGUUGGUCCUUAUGAGGUCAGAUCUGAUGGUAAUCUCUUUAUUCAGCCUGUUGAAGACAACAGCCUGGGAGUAUAUACGGCGACGAUCACGACAUUGGACAACACACUUUUAGAUCUCAACAUCAUCCGCGUGGAAUUUCGCAAUCCGUCGACAAGUUUUCCUGACUUGACGACAAUAGAAGUCACUAACUCCACUACUUUAGGAGGAAUAUCUUCCACAGAUGACCCGACUACUUUCUACACAAGUACGAAUGCAUCAGGUUCUUCGCAGCCAACUGAUACUACUGAAUCAAACAAUGAACCUACCGAUGGCCCUACGAGUACCUCGGAAAUACCAGACGAAGACUUUUUUGCCGUGAUACUUACACAGAGGGUUCAAGCAAUUGUUUAUCCGCAGUAUUCCAUCAUUAACAACACUGACGUCCUUUGGGUAACACCAGAUGCGAUAACGUUAAGACGGGGUGAAUCAAGAGGACCUUAUAACGUGACCGAUGAUGGAACACUGAUAAUACAACCAGUUGGUAAUAGUAAUCUUGGCACUUAUACUGUAUCUGUUACAGAUGGACUUGGGUUUCUACAAGACUUGAAUGUAAUUCGCGUUCAGUAUUCCGAGCCUACAGUAACAACGCCUGAUUCUGGGACGCCAACACCAACGCCUGCUUCAGGUACAUCAACUUCGAAUACAAGCUCUGAUUCUCCGCUUCCGUCUUCAACCACCGGUCUAACUACUGAAUCUCGUGACUCAACAAGUAUCCAAACCACUUUGAAUCCCCUGACCACUGCCGGUAAUGCGAUGUAUACCACAAGCACCGAAAACUCAACACCUCUUUUAUCGACAGAAAUGACGGAAUCAAGAAGUACUACACAAAAUGGCCCUGAGAUGACGUCAAUGCCUAUUCUUUCAACAGCAAAUCCUCUACCCGAAGAACUAUUCCUAAGAGAGGGUCAAAUGAAUGUCCUUUUCCCUCGCAUACCAAAUGGAAUAAACAUAAACGUUAGUUGGGUAACGGCAGAUGGAUCCUCUCUCUCUAAAGGCGACACUGUCGGUUCUUAUUCCGUUAAUAACCUUGGGCAACUUCUCAUCUCUCGUGUUUCGGAGUCGCAUGAAGGAACAUACAGUGUUUUACUUACAAAUUCCGAUGAAGAAUUCAUAGGCCUGUACGUUAUUCGGGUGAUAGUUAACAGCGGUACGAAUAGUACUAGUCAAGAACCUACGCAGACGGUUCUUUCAUCAACAGAUCUAUCUCCCACUAAUGGAACAUCCAUGUUCUCCGCUACACAAACCAGCACGGAUGUAAGACAAACUACAGGAAAUGCAACUGCAACAGGACCUACAACUUCAGUUGAUUCGUCAACUGUAGCUACUUCGACAGAAAUGGCUACAGACUCAUCAGUCUCUCCCACAAAUCUGAUCGCUUCAUCCUCUUCUUCAUCAACCCCUUCCGUAACUGGAACUUCAGCUACCCAGUCCUCUGAAGCUGAAACCACAGGAACUACUCUCACAUCUACCGAAUCUAAAUCAACCCCAGCUAGAUCAUCCUCGACAGUUUUGACAACUUCAGCUGAUGGUACAAGUACAAUGAAUAGGAGCAGUACCUUUUCAGGAGGUCUCAUGACAGGUGCUGCAACGUCAUCAACAGCAGGAUUUGUAUCAACAACGCCUGUGACGUCAGGAGAAACCGCCACAACGUUAGAGAAUGUAAGCACUACUCCCACAAUUCCAUCCGUGUCUACCUCUCAAACCGAUCCAUUUUCUACCACACCAGUGUCAACCCCGUCAAAGUCAGAAGAAUCAAGCACAAGUUCGACAAUAAACACAAUAUCUACCCGAGUAACGUCAACCCAGCCACCUUCAACAUCGGAUAAUACAGAUGCUACGCUGUCGAGUGUUUCCUUAUCUGUGUCGACAAUAUUUUCAUUCACACCAACCACACCGACUACAGAUGAAGCUACAGCUGAAUAUAAUAUACUGACUACGACUGAUGCUCCAUUACCAGAAACAUCUUCACAAAUAUCCCCAGGAACAGAAUUAUUCUCGUUGAAGACAGACGAUAUUUUGACAGACACUACCACCACCACUCCUUCCCCGAUCACCCAUGACACAUCAAUCGAGCCAUCGACAGGAAGCUCAAGCCCACAAACCACGGUGUCUCCAACUACAACGAAAACACAAACAGAGAGGACCCCAACGACCAGAAUGUCGACAGAAGCCGGGACCGAAUCACGCCCAACUUAUCUUAUUCCAUUAUCCGUAGGGAUCGGUCUGGCCGGCAUUGCUUUCCUCCUGAUCCUCCUCUCAUUAUGUCUCGCAUUGGCUAAGAAUCACAAAGAAGACUAUGGUGUCCAUAUCAUCGAACAGGAGAAGACGCGAAAGGGUGAGCUCGUACCCAUCGGUGAUAUCGAUGAGGAGUCUGGAGGACUCGGUAACCAUGGUAAAGAAGACGUCGCGGAGAAUGGGACCUCGUCUAAUCCCUACACAUUAGAACCAGAGCGUACCGAUGCGUCGGAUUCUCGCUUAGUGUCAAUGGUGGGUAAAGAUGGCAUCAGCUAUGAUACGAUUUACUAUGUCGAUAGCUCUGUGCAGGGUGCCAAUGAUAGUCCAGCGGAUAAUGUUUUCUAUUAG